AAUGAAGACCAUUCUCAACAAUCAGACGGUUGACGUUCCGGAAAAUGUCGACGUUACUCUGAAGGGACGCACAGUUAUUGUGAAGGGCCCCAGAGGAACCCUGAGACGGGACUUCAAUCACAUCAAUGUAGAACUCAGUCUUGUUAGAAAGAAAAAAAUGAGGCUCUGGGUUGACAAAUGGUGGGGUAACAGAAAGGAACUGGCUACCGUUCGGACUAUUUGUCGUCGAGUACAGAACAUGAUCAAGGGUGUUACACUGGGCUUCCGUCACAGGAUGAGGUCUGUGUAUACUCACUUCCCCAUCAACGCUGCUAUCCAGGAGAACGGGUCUCUCGUUGAAAUCCAAAAUUUCCUGAGUGAAAAAUACAUCCACAGGGUUCGAACGAGACCAGGUGUUGCUUGUUCAGUAUCUCAAGCCCAGAAAGAUGAAUUAAUCCUUGAAGGAAAUGACAUUGAGCUUGUUUCAAAUUCAGCGGCUUUGAUUCAGCAAGCCAUAACAGUUAAAAACAAGGAUAUCUGGAAAUUUGGGGAUGGUAUUUAUGUCCCUGAAAAAGGAACUGUUCAGCAGGCUGAUGAAUAAGAUGUAAGAGUUGUCCAGCUACAGAAACAAGAUGCCAGAUGAUUUCUAAGACCUACUUGUGACAUUUUAAAUAAUGCAAUAAAAGACCUAUUGAUUUGG